AAUUUCAUCAUAUUACAACCAAAACAACAGAGAAAGUUAAUAUAUAAAUAUAUAAGUCUCUCUUAGUUUCUCGUUUAUAUAUAUUCAAAAGAAUUAAUGGCUGGAAAUACCAUCGUGGUUUUUGACUUCGACAAGACCAUAAUCGAAUGUGACAGUGAUAAUUGGGUGGUCGAUGAAUUGGGUGCCACUGAUCUCUUCAAUCAGCUUCUUCCUACCAUGCCAUGGAACUCUCUCAUGGAUAGGAUGAUGAAGGAGCUUCAUGAUCAAGGAAAAACAAUUGAUGAGAUUGUUGAGGUUCUUAAUCGGAUCCCAAUACAUCCCAGAGUUGUCCCUGCCAUUAAGGCCGCUCAUGCUCUUGGAUGUGAAUUGAGGAUUGUUAGUGAUGCAAACAUGUUCUUCAUUGAAACAAUGUUGAAACAUCUUGGGCUGAGGGAGUACUUUUCAGAGAUUAACACCAAUCCCAGCUUUGUUGAUGAACAAGGAAGACUUAGGAUUCAACCUUAUCAUGAUUUCAAAAACUCCUCACAUGGCUGCACUACCGGCACCUGCCCUCCUAACAUGUGCAAGGGUUUGAUUAUAGAAAGAAUACAAGCCAGUGAGGGAAACAAAAGAAUAAUUUAUCUGGGUGAUGGAGCUGGUGACUAUUGCCCAAGCUUGAAGCUGAAAGAGAGUGAUUUUAUGAUGCCAAGGAAGAAUUUCCCAGUUUGGGACUUGAUUUCCAAUAACCCACUUCUCAUCAAGGCCAAAAUUCAUGAAUGGAGUGAUGGUGAGGAGUUUGAGAAGGUUCUGCUCAGCCUUAUUGACACUAUUUCCACUGAUGAGAAAUCUGCUUUCACUUCAACUUACUUAAAAAUGCCAAGUAAUAUUGAUGUUUCUGCCAUACCCAAAGUCCUCCCAGUUCAGCAGUAGAUCAAAUACCGUAUGGGGAUUUAGAGAUAGAGACUAGAUUGGCUUAUUAAGCUUAUAAUUAACUAAGCAUUAAAUAAGUAAAAAUUUUGACUUAUUUUUAUUGUUUAAAUUAUUAUUGGAUAAAAAAUAAUUAUAAUAUUAUUUUAUUGUCUAAACCCCUCCAAAGAAAAAGUGUUUUAACUUUGGAAGUUAAGAAAUAGCUUCACAUCAUAUACUUACUGAGAUCUGUGCUCGGAUUUUUAUUUAUUCCAAUAAGUGUUUGUGUUUUUAGACUUCUAAUAAGAAUUCUGUCUUAAUUUUAUGUGUAUGUAUGCUCACUAAUAACAACUCAAAGGAAGAAAAAAAAGAUUCAAAUGAA